GAAACUGAUUACAUUAUUUCUUUAUUAAUUUAAUAAAAAGUAUUUUGUUGGAGGUGAUAUGAUUUAAAUGAUAAAUAGAAGCUGCAAACCAUAUUGGACCGAGCCGUAUUAAGUGAGCCCGUAUAAGUAACUAGUCCAAUUUCAUGAGAAAAAAAAAAGAAAAAAAAAAAACCGCGCCAGUCCCUACCCUUCCCCCUCGUGCGCAUGCUCUCCUUCAACCCCAAACCUUUUGUCUUCUCCGCCGUAGCCAUGUCAGGGCCCCCGGAACGGAAAAUCCCCACAGCCGCAGAGAAUUAUCCAGUGCCACUGUCCCCUCCGCUUCCCCCGAUCUCAAAGCAAAUCGAGCUCAGCAGAGCCAUGACCGCUUCUUCAAACUCAAGCAUCUUUUCUCUCUCACCCUCCGACAUUCUCUACCAGGACGACCACCUCAUCGCAGUCAACAAGCACCAAGGAAUUUACUGCGAGACCCUCCUCUCCUCCCUCGCUUCCCAAUCGCACGAGCUUCACCUCGCUAAUCGACUCGACCGUGACACCAGUGGUAUAUUGCUCUUAACCAAGUCGCACAAGGUGGCCGCAAAACUCGUCAAGGCCUUCACCGAACACAAAGUGAAGAAAACAUACAUUGCCCUGUGCACCGGUCCUCCUCCCAAUUGGGAACAGGUCACCGUCAGAUCCGGUCACGGGAGGUCCAAGUUCGGCGCCUGGCGAGUCUACGGUGCUUCCGAUGUGGGACGCACACUACCGGGUGGCUCGGCCGUCCGGUCCAUGGAGACUUCCUUUGAGGUGUUGUCGGUAAACGGAAAUGGCAGCUUUAGGGAGGUCUCUGAUUCGUGCGAGGAGGGAAAUGUUUUGGUGGUUGAAGAAAAAGCGGUGAAAGAGGAUGGUAAUGCGAGUGAGAUUGUAGUGAGAGCGUAUCCUCGGAGUGGAAGAACGCAUCAGAUUCGCUUGCACUGUCAGUACCUAGGGAUUUCUAUCGUAGGUGAUGUGAAAUAUGAAGGUGUGUACGGGUGGAAAGGUAUAACUCAUCAUGCACAUCACCUUCAUGCAGAAACCUUGUCCUUUGAACAUCCUGUUACUGGUCUUGACGUUAUGCUACGUGCACCUCUCCCUCUGUGGGCUACCCAGGCGUUUCAGCAUUAAUACCUGCUUGCGGCUGAGAAAUUUCGAGCUUCUUGCCUUGUGAUUUCAUGUUAACAAUUGUAUUUUGUUUUCGUUUUGACUGUAUAUUAACAGCCCUGCCUCUGUUUCUCCAAGGAAUGACAAUUAUGUUUGAUGGUA